CUCAUUCAUUCUCACAUACAUACAUAUAAAGAGAUCGACAAUCUCUCCUAACUUUUAGGCAUACACACUUAUAAAUAAAAACUUGGUUGGCACUUCUGCCUGUAUUAGUGUGUUGUAUAUACACAAAUACAAUAAAUGUCGUCUGCGGCGGCGGCACUUCCUAAUACAGAAAAUGAAGCGAAAACUCUUGAAGAUUCCUCGGACUACAAGGGCCGCCCCUCCCUCCGCUCCUCCUCCGGCGGCUGGACCAGUGCCGCCAUGAUUUUAGGGGUUGAAGCAUGUGAAAGGAUGACGACGUUGGGUAUUGCCGUCAACCUCGUGACGUAUUUGACGGCGACCAUGCACUUAGGAAACGCAAACGCCGCUAACAACGUUACUAACUUUCUUGGGACCUCCUUCAUGCUCACUCUCUUAGGUGGCUUCGUGGCUGACACCUUCCUGGGAAGGUAUUUAACCAUCGCCAUUUUUACAACUAUACAAGCCACGGGUGUGACCGUUUUGACCAUCUCUACCAUAAUACCAAGCUUAAGGCCUCCAAAGUGUGAUCGGGGAAGUCCUUCAUGCAUUCCGGCGAGCAGCACACAACUCACCGUCCUCUACGCAGCCCUCUACCUCACCGCACUCGGGACCGGCGGCCUGAAGUCCAGCGUGUCCGGCUUCGGGUCCGACCAGUUCGAUGAAACCGACAGCAAAGAGCGCGUGCAGAUGGUGAAGUUCUUCAGCUGGUUCUUCUUCUUCAUCAAUGUGGGGUCUCUGGCCGCCGUGACGGUGCUAGUGUACAUCCAGGACAGCUUCGGGCGGCGGUGGGGCUACGGCAUUUGCGCCGGCGCCAUCGUUGUGGCGGUUGUCGUCUUCCUGUCGGGGACGAAACGGUACCGUUUCAAGAAGCUUGUGGGGAGCCCGCUGACGCAGGUCGCUUCGGUUUUGGUGGCGGCGUGGGGGAACAGGCGCUUGGAGCUGCCGUCGGACUCUUCCCUUCUUUUCAACGUUGAUGACGUCAACGGCGACCUGAAAUGCAAGAAUAAGCAAAAAUUACCACACAGCAAACAGUUCCGGUUCUUAGACAAGGCGGCAAUCAGAGGCCAUGAAGUUACAGUGGAAAGCAAAUGGUCUCUAGCAACGUUAACAGACGUGGAAGAGGUCAAACAACUGAUUAGAAUGUUGCCCACUUGGGCCACGACCAUAAUGUUUUGGACUGUCUAUGCUCAAAUGACAACAUUUUCUGUGUCACAAGCCACCACCAUGGACCGCCACAUCGGAAAAUCCUUUGAGAUCCCCG